AUUAUCAUCCAUUUGAGUACUAAAGUUUUUAUUUUUGUGUUUUAGUGAAAAACUUUAAAAGGGUUAGUGCCCUUUUGCGGAUUGUUAAGUUACUGUAGUAGAAGAGAGAGAGAGGGAGAGAGAGAUGGAGGCUGGAAAGAGAACAGAAGCUGGGACAUCAAGCGGUGGUGGUGAGAAGCAAGAAAAGCUAAGAGAAAUGAAGAGUGAGAAACCAUCAAGUGAAGUGUUUGAUGAUGGAGAUGAUCAUGAAUAUGAAGAUGAAGAAGAUGGUAAGGAAGGUGCUGCAAUUGCUACUGCUGGUUUUGUUCCUGGGCCUUUGCUUUCUCUCAAGGAACAGAUUGAGAAAGACAAGGAUGAUGAUAGCUUGAGGAGGUGGAAAGAGAAGUUGCUUGGUUGUGUGGAAGGCGAUUUAAAUGGCCAAAUGGAACCUGAAGUCAAAUUUCAUUCAAUUGGAAUCAUAUCUGAUGACAUUGGGGAAAUUAAUACUCCUUUACCUGUAGCUGAAAAUCAGAGUCGAGUUCUUUUCACUCUCAAGGAGGGAUCGCGGUAUCAGCUGAAGUUAACAUUCACUGUUCUGCACAACAUUGUUUCUGGUCUAACUUACUCCAACACAGUGUGGAAGGCGGGACUCCAAGUUGAUCAAAGCAAAGGGAUGUUGGGCACUUUUGCUCCUCAGCGAGAGCCAUAUGAGCAUACUUUGGAUGAGGAGACAACUCCAUCUGGUGUGCUAGCUCGGGGCAUUUAUUCAGCAAAGCUUAAGUUCGAAGAUGAUGAUAGAAGAUGUCAUAUGGAACUCAAAUAUUCCUUCGAAAUCAAAAAGAGCAGCUAGCCCAAUUUUUUUUUGUGUUUUGCAGUCGUUUCCCAUAUACUGUCAUAUUACCUUCACACCUGUUUGUUAAACUAUUGUUGAACAUUGCUUUGUAGGCAUUUAAAUUACAGCUUAGUUCCUUUUACUGAUUUGUGAAUUUGAAAACACAGCUUUCAUCGCUAA